AUGAGCAACCAUCACAAAAUCAUAGUAGUCACCGGAGCGUCUGGCUUCAUCGGCGGCCACAUCGUGCGGCUCCUUCUGGACCGCGGCUACCGCGCGCGCGGUGUGGUGCGCGACCUAAGCCACACCAACGCCGCCAAGCUGGCCUUCCUUCGCGGCCUCCCGCGCACCAACACACCCGACGGACACGACCCGCUCGAACUCGUCGCAGCCGACCUGCAGGCCGGCCAGUACGCCCAGCUUCUCCAAGCCACGCCUUUCGUCUACGGGGCGGCCGACCCGCAGAAGGAGAUCGUCGAUCCGGCGGUCAACGGCACAGUCGAC